CAGGAGACUAUGCCUUCCUGUCCAACAACAGCGGCACGCCCGCCAUCCCGGACUUUGUCUUCGGCUUCCAGGGGACAUACAACACCAGUAGCAUGCCAGAAAUCGCCAGUACCGUGAGAGCUUCAGGAUUGAAAGCUUGCUCGGAAGAGUGCUACUUCACCAACGAUUGCAUCGGUUUUUCCUACGAGCCGGUGUCGAAAGAUUGCGUUCUGGCGCAGGAGGAGGUUCGACAACUGGAACAGAUUCCUGGCAAUCAGACCUUAUUCUACUGGCGCCAGUCCAUGUUGGAACAGUUGAACCUCUCUCAGCUCAAUCCCUCAGUGAGUGGACAGUUUCCGGUGACGAGCUUCGGUCUGGAGUACGGCGCAUGCUUCGUUCCGACGCCUUGUGCCGGAGACACCAGCUGUACCCAGGCUUCGAACACUGGCCUUUUCUGUGCACAGUGCAGUGCAGGCUAUUCCUUCGAUUCGCUCUUCCCAGCCUCGCGUAUGUGCACCAAGUGCCCCAACGUAGUGCUGAUGUUGGGGAAACCCAGAGAUGAAAAUGACUUGCUGACGGUCGACCUCAUCGGAAGCCAUGUGGAUCAUUGCAAAGAUCGUCUAUUUCCAGUGUGGAGAGCACACAGAAGAGCCCGAGCGAAAGCGCGCAAGUUCCUGCACCUGAUCAAGCGAAGGCAACUCACUGCCUCCCACAUCAAGGCAGGAAAUCGGGUCGCCAAGGAGCAGCGCCAAGUGCAGUGGAGUUAUGCUGCCGACUGGAACGAUGCAGAGUGGAAUGGUCAAUUCUGGCCGGAGGAGCACCAGGACAAUGCAAAAUGGACGGCAGCCCCAAGACGUCGACAGACGCCCAGGAGAAGGCCGUCAAGAAAAGCAAAGAAGCAAGAUGUGCAAACACCUGCAACCCACAAAGGAAAGGGAAAAGGUGCGAACCUGGACACAGAAGGUUUUGGACCUCCGACUCUCCCGCAGAAUGUCACAGAGCCACCCUGGCUUACAGCUAUGAAUACCUUAGCGACAGCAGCACCGCCUCCCUCACAGGCCGCGCCAGAGGAUCGACAGCUGAGAACCAUACUGGCAGCUCUCAAAAAGCACAACGAUGUGUUACCACCGGAAUUGCAAAACAUGGUCAACGAUGCAGCCAUCAAGGAAGGGCAGCAGCAGACAAAACAAUUGCAUGCAGUGGUAACAGCUCAUGGAAAGGCACGCAAGGAAUUGCAGCAAGCACAACUGGCGAGAUACAAUUUACACAAUGCAUGGAGGUCCUUUCUCAGCCAAGUGGUGACGCAAUGGCAGGGCUACAGCGCUCAAUUCAUGGAGCAAGAGAAGCAAAUGAACGAGCGAGUCACUGCAGCUCAAACCGCACUGGAACAGGCGAAGGAAAACCUGGCCACAGCCAAAGCGUCAGCAGGCAUCGAGUCAAAGGACGACACCAUGAAUGUGAGCGACGAGGAGCAGGACAAGGAUCUCACAGGAACGGCAUCCCAUUGCAUACAAGAAGGCCUGACCAGCUUGCAAACAAAUCUGGAAGCGCUGCAACAAUCAGCAACACAGAUGUUGGAAGACGAGCAAAAGGCCCUCAAGAGACCAAGAAUCGAAGAAAAGCCAGACCAUGGUACCAAGCCAUCCGAACCCUCUGCUACAGUGCCGGGGUUUGGUUAG